GGAACGGGUGUGUGAGCCCACCUGGUGCUGGCAGCAGCAUCUGAGCAUCAUCUCACGCUGUCAUACGUGAGCUUGUGAUGGUGCUCGAGGCAUGCGAAUGUGCUGAAGGGAACAGCAAUGUGAUGGACAGAUCUUCCCGGCAGCUUUCAGCAGCCCACCCUCUAUCACUCGGGAUUUACAUCCGCACCACCGUCUCCAGGCACUGCUCCAAAGGCAGAAAUAGCACACGUCUCAUUAACGACACGGCUCAAAGCGUGCUCCUGCCAGCAGGUCACUGCGGGGGCUCGGGCCUGGGUCCAGUUUCAGGUCAAAGAGAAGCAGAGCGUGUGCAGACGGUGGCAGUGGGAAAAGGGAAUCAGUAACCCGGUGCCGGGGAUCUCUGUGCUGCGAGACUGCAGCCUGAUGCCGUCCUGUGGCCCCAGUGGGGCUGAUGGGCUGGGGGAUGCAUGGCCGGCACCCCAUAGGGACAUCCCCUGGGUGCAUUCCGUGCUGUUAGCAGUGCUGCUUUGCCCCCUCCAUCUGCAAACUCCCCGCCCCGGGAUCCCUCCGCUGCAGGUGAUGCGUUGCACGGGCGGUGCCGGUGUGCAACCGUGCGUGUGUGUGUGUGUGUGUGCACACGUGUGUGCACGUGUGUACCCCCGGGGCAGCCGCCGCUACGUGUGCACGUGUGUGCGUGCAGCGCCGGGAGCACCGCGGGGUCCCACCGCCCUCCCCUCCCUCCGCCGCGGCUGCACCGGCACCGGGGACCCGGCGGGGGGCGGCGGCUCCAUGGCGUCCCCGCGGGCGGCGGAGCUGCGGAGCCCGGGCGAAGCGGCGGCGGCGGACGGGGGCGGCCCGGGGGGGCUCGGCCCGGCUCCGGGCCCGGGGCUGGCGCUGGCGCUGGGCUGCGCGCUGAGCGGGGCAGCGCUGGUGGUGCUGGCGGGGGCUGUGCCGCGGGCGGCGCGUCCCGACCCGACCGUACCGGCGCGGCAGAUGGAGCGGCUGGAAGAGAGGGCGGCGCGGCUCCGCGCCCGCCUCGACCGCUGCACGGUGGCCGGGCUGGCCCUGCUGGCCCUGGGGGGGCUGCUGCUCGCCGCCCUCCUGCUGGCCGCCGCCGCCGCCCGCCGCCGGGCCCGCGCCGCCCGCCGUGCCGGGAGCACCUACGGCUCCGUGCGGCUGCGGCUGCGGCGGGUGUCGGCCGAGGGGGCCCAGGCGCUGCUGGAGAGCCAGCUGAGCCCCCCGCCCCAGCAGCACCCCGAGGGAUCCGGAUCGUAGCCCCGCACACCGGCACCCCCCUCGCCGCACCGCAACAUCGAUGCCAUUGGGGAGGCUUCGCCAUCGGACACCCUCCUUGCCCCUCCCGGGACGGGGUCCUGUCCCGCAGCACCGGGACCGCCUUCCACCAGCAGCGGGGUGACGGCACUGCGAGACGCCCGUGGGAUUUCCAUGCCCUGUGCCGGGCUGGACGCGAGGCCGAGCUCCUCUUUGGGAUGUAGCAUCUGAAUUUCUGCCAUCAGCAACCUUUCGUAGCAAUAGUUUCCUGUAAAACUCUGUGCUGUAGAGUUGGCGCUUGCACCGCUCUGAGCAGAAGAGAAGGGGACCUCAACGUGACCGCCAUCCACGGGGCCACCUCCUCCUGACCUGCAGCCUUCACAUCCCACGAGAGCAGGAUGAAGGCUGGGACCCCCCACCCCCGUGCCUAACAUCCCACCAGCAGCCCCACAACGGCCUCAGAAACCAGGGUGCUCUGUCUGGAGGAGAGAGGAUAACUCGCCGUGCGCAGCGUGGUCCUUCUUUUCCUGUUUUAGAGAAGCAGCUCUGCCCCACUGGGGUGCCUUUGUGCUGCUCACAAGAGCCAUUGUGUGCAGCGCGAAGGUAACAUUGCAUCUCGGGAAUUAAACAUGAAGCAUCAUUAAAGCA